AUGGGUGACUAUAUGAAAUGGAGUUUUGUCGAACCACAAGCGUUUAUAACAAAUAACAACUUGGAAGAGACUGAGUACAUUCUAAACUUCACAAACUGGACAACAGAUGACCACUGUUGUUGGGAUUUGGUUAACUACUCUAUGAAUAAUACUUUAGCAGCGAAUUCCAGUAAUGAUAUCGCUAGUGAGAUUCCAUGGGUCAUCUUUGUUUCCAUGAUCCUUGCGUUGCUGAUUUUGGCUACUGUUGUUGGCAACAUUCUAGUCAUCGCUGCCAUUUUGAUGGAAAAGAACCUUCAUACCGUAGGUAAUUAUCUCGUACUAUCUUUAGCCUUAACUGAUCUAACAGUGGCCUGCUUAGUCAUGCCUUUAGGUGCCGUGUACGAGGUUAGACAAGAAUGGAUAUUUGGUCUCGUACUGUGCGAUGUGUGGACCUCAUGUGACGUCUUGUGUUGCACAGCUUCCAUACUCCACCUAUUAGCCAUCGCUGUCGACCGUUAUUGGGCUGUAACGAAUGUAGAUUACGUUCAUCAAAGAAGUGUCCGCCAUAUUGGAAUAAUGAUAUUGCUUGUGUGGACUGUAUCUGGUAUUGUGUCUCUUGGACCUGUUCUAGGAUGGAAAGAUCCAAAAUAUGAGGAACGCGUUGAAAUGCACAAAAUCUGCCUUGUAAGUCAAGACAUAGGCUAUCAAGUGUUUGCCACAUUCGCGUCUUUCUACAUUCCUUUAGUUUUAGUACUCUGUCUGUACUGGAGAAUAUACAAAGAAGCUCGUAAGAGAAUUCGUCGGAGGAGUGGAACACUUGGAUACCGUUCUUUCCAAAGACUUCCUGUUCCACCUCCAGUCUCUUCUGUGACGGAAAUGACAACAUUCGUGACUCACUCGACAUGUAAUCCAAACAAUGAGACAAUAGCGACAUCUAGGAAUGGACAUGUGGCAACUUAUAAUAGUUGCGACAAAUUUCAUACUCGCCCUAGAAGAAAAAAGAGAAAAUGUUCAAAGGAUUCAAUGGCAGAAUCCAACAGGGAAAGAAGAGCAGCCAAAACGCUAUCAAUAAUAACUGGUGUUUUUGUUAUAUGUUGGCUGCCGUUCUUUGUAGUAGUACUAGUUAUGCCUAUUUGUAGUAGCUGUAGUCUUCCGGCUUAUUUGUUCAGUCUGUUUGUAUGGCUUGGGUAUUCAAAUUCAAUGUUAAAUCCUAUUAUCUACACCAUAUUUAGUCCCGAUUUCCGGUGUGCCUUCAAACGUAUGAUGUUUCGCUCUAAGAAAUGA